AUGACAAAAAUAACAAUCUUGGGAGCUGGAAUAACUGGUAUGGCAAUAGCCAGCCAGCUCCCUCGUCACCACGAGAUCACAAUCGUCGCCCGCAAUCUUCCCGGCGACGAGCCGCACUCCCAAGAAUGGGCCAGUCCCUGGGCAGGUGCCGUCUGGACCGGCAUGGAUGGUUCGACUCCCCGGGAACAACAAUUCCAACUGAACGCUUUAGCCGUUUGGUGGAAACUCGCACUGUCCGAUCCCGAAUCUAGCGUUCGGCGCAUCGAAAUGAACGAAUACCGCGAUACCAAGACCUUGGAUCAGAUUUGGUUUGCGGGCAAGGUGCCCGAAUUUCGAGUCAUUCCCGAAGAAGACCGACUCCCUGGCACAACAGUCGGAUUUAAGUAUCGAACGAUUGUUCUCACCCCUAUGGUCUUUCUUCCCUGGCUGCGAUCGAAACUCGAGGCGACAGGUGUGAAAUUCCAGCGUACGACAGUGCGCUCCCUAGCGGAUCUGAAAGGAAUAGGCCACGAUAUUUUGAUCAAUGCAGCGGGUAUUGGGCCCUUGAGAUUAGAGGAUGUCAAGGAUACUAAUGUCCAGGAGGUCCGCGGUCAGACAAUCCUCGUGAAAUCGAAAUUUGGUAAGCUGUUCGUGCGCAAUGGGCAUAAUUACACCUAUGCCUUUGCGCGAGGGGAUGGAACCACAGUCCUUGGAGGGAUUAAACAGUUUGGAAGUACCGAGACGCAAGUGAAUCCGGAUAUUAGAACUGAUAUCAUCCGACGAGUCCACCAAAGCCUGCCCGACGACUUUCCGUCCCCGGAUCCCAAGGAUUACACCAUCGUGCGAGACAUUGUAGGAAUUCGACCUCAGCGUGAGGGAGGAGUUCGGGUGGAACGGGAAACCCUCGAUGGACAGAAGGUCGUUCAUGCGUACGGCGUUGCAGGAGGUGGUUAUGUCUUCAGUUUUGGGGUGGGCAAAGAGGUUGCUCGGUUGGUGGACGACGGUCCAAGCCUUUUUACGGCCGAUUCAAGUCGACCCGUACUCGCUCGGGUUGCCUUUGUUGCCGACAGCGGAAGGUCAAAUGCGACGAAGACAUCGACGGAAGCUCAACGCCUUUGUGAAUUUGAUGACGUGGUCGGUCCCCAAGACACAGAACACCAAGCAGAGUCUCUGUUCCUCAAUACGACAUGGAAUGACUUCGAGCUCUGUCGUGCCCAAGAAGCACCUGAAAACAAAAAGAAUUUAGUCUUCCGCAACGACAGUGUUCAUUUACGGACACCAACCGACUGGACUGGAGCAUAUGCCAAUCGAAUGUGUCCUGGCUGUCGACUCGUAGACGGUGAUAGGAAUCGCUACAGGCAGAUCAUCAUCCCCAUUUCGUUGGUAUCGCCGUUAGUUCUGCGAUCGGUGCUCGCUCUCGCUGCAAACCAAUUAAAACACUACGACAAUAAAUUCAAAGUCACGGCGUUGCAUUAUCAAAGCACAACUUUGCAAUUGCUGUCCCAAACGAUCGCAUCUGCCAGCAGAAAAGACCAAGCAAGCCAGCAAACAGCCUUAUCAAACCUUUCGUUGUCAAAAACUGAGAUGUUAGCAAUCAUUCUGAUGUUAUGCCACUCUGAAUUCUCCAACGAUAUUGCAUAUCGCCCCGGAUUCACCUCUGCCUGGCGCGCUCAUUUAGACGGUGCGCGGCGCAUCCUCGAGUUACCCACCCCUGGACCAAGUGGUGAAGGUGCAGGCGUAAUCACCUUCCUGGGAGGAUUCCUCGCGUCGCAUAGUGUACUUGCAUACACCACUCUUGUGAAUCCUCAUGAUGCAGAGUUCCUGUUUCGAGGAGGCACUUAUUGGCUGACCAAGAUCGCGCGACCGCCACAGGAGAUCGACAAUUACACAAAUUGUUCGACUGAGCUCCUCUCCAUCAUCCUAGAAACCUGUCACCGGGUUCGUCAUCGCAGAAACCACAAAUCUCUAAAUCAGUGUUCAUCACUCCGAGCCUGGAAACGGGAAACGCAGGCUCGCCUGCUUCACCUUAUUCAAUUUCACGUGUCGAUCCAACCUCUGUCAUCGCCUAUCACCAUCACCGCCGUUUCUAAUCCCAUCACUGAAUAUCCCCCUCCAAUACCAACUGUCAAUCGCACCGCCGAAGCCUUUCGCCAUGCUGCACUGAUUCUCCUCCAAUAUCUUGAUACCGAUUACCCUUUUGAAAAGAAUUCAAUGGUAAAAGAGAGCGUCACAAUAUUGCUCAGUCUCAUGAAUGCUGGCGUGCCCAUUCCACCGCCUGGGAAAUCCGGUCGCUCCGUGUUCUUGUGGCCGUAUUUCAUCGCUGCAUGCCACGUACAGAUUGAUGAGGAUCGAGCUGUCGUAUUGAAGAACCUUCAUCAAUUGGAACGUAUCGCAGCGACGGUGGACAACAACGCGGUCCAGUAUGUAAGGGAGGUAAUUGAGGGGGUGUGGAAGCAAAGGGAUCUCAGGGGUGACCGGACUAGCAUUAGUUUCAGUGCCAAGGGAGGUUGCUUCUGCGCAUUGGCUCUAGGUGGCGACCACACUGACAAAGAUGAGCCGUGCUUUGAGUGGGAGGUGGUAAUGAGGUCAUUGAGAUACGCCUUCGAUUGGGCUUGA